AACAUUACUGUUGUUUUUAUAGACACCGCUGUUUGUAUGAUUUUGUUUAGAGGCUAAUUUGGGUCUAAGAGGAAAGCCGUCUUCUCCAUAUUUUGGUCUGAUCUUCAACUGACACCGACAGCUGACCAAACAGACCUGCUGCAUUUAGCCUGCUGACUUUAUCUCUUAGUGUGAAAGAGUUGUGGCUGGAAGUAGCUUUGUUUACUUUACAAUUGCUAUAUUAAUAUACUUACUUAACUAAGUGCACAUAAUUAUUACGUUAAGACUUUCUAAAGUCAACAUGAAAUGCCACGCUCAACCCAUUUGAUUUCCGUGAUAUGUUCUUGAAACAGGAUAUUCAUUGAGAAAAAUAUGUCAAAUAUCAUCAAGUCACAUCAUAUUUAGUUCAAGAUCCUGUAUGAAGAAAGCAAACAGGUCGGAAUCCAGGAUGUUUAUCGGUUUGGAGAAAGAGUCUUCCUCGCCCACGGAGAAGCUGGCAAGGAAAGAAUCGCUUAAGGUUCAGAAGAAGAACUAUCGACAGGAAAAGAGGAGGGUUGCCAAAGAGCUUUUCAGUGCACUUAAGGAUCCAAGUGUGGUUAUUAUGUCCAACUGGCUAAAGAUUCGGGGGUCGUUGAAGAGUUGGACGAAAUUGUGGUGCAUCCUGAAGCCCGGCAUUCUCCUGAUAUACAAGACGACCGGUUCAGAUCACUGGGUGGGAACGAUUCUUCUCAAUGCCUGCAAACUCAUCGAAAGGCCAUCAAAGAAGGACGGAUUCUGCUUCAAACUCUACCAUCCGCUGGACAAGUCCAUAUGGGCCAUGAAGGGCCCAAAAGGAGAAUCUGUGGGCUCCAUCACACAACCCUUACCUAGUAAUUACCUGAUCUUCAGAGCAGCGUCCGAAUCUGAUGGACGCUGUUGGAUGGACGCUCUGGAACUGGCUCUCAGCUGCUCCAGCCUGUCUAAGAUGAUGGCGAAGAGCGGCAGGGAUGGAGAUCUGAGCAGCUCCUCUGAGUCCUCACACAUACUGCAGCUGCUGCAGAGCUCGGCUCUCACCGACCAGGACCUGCUGCAGUGA